GUCUGGAAUUAGCCACGCCCGUGUUGGAACAGCAAAAUCCAUUUGCCCAGGUAAAGCCCCACCCACAUUUACUAACAAUGAGCAUGUCCUGGCUUUUGGCUGGUGCUUUGCCUCCUAUCUAUUCACGACCUCAGAGAGGACAUUCUCCAAGCAACAGUGGUGUUGGAUUGGCUAAGAUGUCUUUCCUAGCAAAACUUGUAUGUGCAAUUCCUUCCCAUUGGGCACUCCUGUAUGAUUCUGAUGAGAUGGGACUGGGUGCCAACAGAUUUUUGCAUCACGUUCUUAACUAUAGAGGCCCAACAUUGAUUCUUCUGAGGGUCCAAGAUGGCCAAAAGUUUUGCAUAGCUUCUCCCAACGAGUGGAAGGAAUCCCAUCAUUAUUGGGGAGGCGAGGAGUGCGGUGUGUUUCAGUUACUACCAAAAUUUCAAGUAUUAGAGAGAGGUUCAAAAAUGAUCUACUUAAAUUUGAGUGUGAGAGGUUAUCCUCAUGGCCUUAGAGCAGGAAAAGAUCCCAGAGCACCUAUCUUGAGCAUCGACGCAGGGUUUGAGAAGGUUGAGUGGCAAAAAAUCCCGUACUAUUUAGAAUGUAUUGAGGUGUGGGGAUGUGGAGAUCAGGUGAGUCGAGAAAGACAGUUGGAGGUGAAAAAAUGGGAAGUUAAAGAAGCUGAAAGACAACGUACAGUGAAGCUGAGCGCUGCUGACUGGCUGGACCACCCCGACCGUUAUUUGCUGGAACUUGCUGGACGGCCUCAAUACCACCAAAAUUGAACUCAUAAAGAAAGAAAGUAAGAGUCAAAUGUUUAGGAACAAAUUUUUUGCACAAGGUUACUAGCUGUUAUAUAUGCAGUUAGCUCCUGUGAUAUAUAUUUAUAUUGAAGGGUCUAUUUUCAAUUGUGGAAGUACUUAGAUAGUUUCAUAAAUAACCAAUAUAGUUUACCAAGAAUUAAUACUUCAUGUAAGUUUUCACUAUAUCGAUUUUUAUGAUUAUUUGAUGCAGUUGGUAUAAUAAGACUGUAAUAUGGGGAAAGUUGCUCCAGUAGAAAGUAAUGUAUAUUUAUUGUUAUAUUCCAUUUGUGGAAUGUUGAAUAGUAAAAUUGGCUGGCUAAAAUAUCAACUAUUAGAGAAUUAUUGAACACGUUAUUACUAUAAAUGGCUGCUAUAGUUGAACAUCUGUAAUUGAUCACUGCACUUCAGUUUAUAAGAUACCUAUCCUUCUUGAAUUUGUAAUAUUACAUAGAUACGAUGGAAUAUAUUUUGAAUACAAUUAAUAUAUUCAACAUGAGAGUACAUUUUGAUUGGUUGAUAUUUUAUUCAGGCAUUGCUAACAAUACGUACUUCAUUCAGCUACUUAAAGAAGUGAGACUAUCUUAUACAGGGUGAUGGCAGAUAUAAUUCAAAACAGAAUUUCCCCUAUUUAAAGUUACUAUGGUAACAAAUAAUACUUUAGUUGGCUGUAUAUUGUAACUGCAUUAUUUAUACUUUUCAAAUAUGUUAAAUGAAAAGCUUGCAGGUUACAGUGUUUGCAUUAAGAUUGUAAUGUAGGUUUCAGUAUUUCAACUUAUAAAAAGUAUAUAAAAAUAAUAUGCUUUUUCUCAACUUUAUCGCCGAGAUUCUUGGAAUGAUGAAGAGAUGUAUAUUUGCCAUGAUGUUGUGCCUUUGUACUUUUAAAAUGCUCAAGAACUUAUUGAAAUGUUAAUAGUAUAGCAUUAUUAAUUUUUCUGUGUUGCAUAAACAAAAUUGAAAAUUAUUUCGUGAAUUGGAGUAUAUUGUGAAUAUUUCUUCAGAACCCAAAUAUUUUUACAGAGUAUAUUAAACAUAUGUUGAAUCUAUUCAAAAUUACCGAAGGUAGAAAUAUCUACAGAAAUGAAGUUAUAUACUACUGACAGGAACACGCUUCUUCUUGCGCGAAUAAGUGACAAAAGGCGGCAGUCAUACUUGUUUAGUUCCAAAAACUGCACAUAUUUCUUCGAUUUUAGAUUGUAAAAUGUUCAAUAAUGAAAUCAUAUAUAUUCAGACUAUUUAUUCCUUAGUAAUUGAUAGAGGCAUAUUCUGCUGUGAUGAAAAAUAAUGCACUGCUGAUCAGGAAGAUAUAGGGAUUGUAGUUUCAGAUGGUAAUUAUUUCUUGAAAUAGUAUAGUUAUUUUUAUUUGGUCUCAGAAAGUUCUUCUACCAUCGGUAGAACAAAAAGUUGGAAUUCUUUUUCAUUUUAAUCAUUCAAGUCGCUAAUAUUUUCAUUGAAAUGAUCAGGACAAUGUGGAAAAUCUACAAAGUGAAAAAUAACUUUAAAAUCUGUAAGAUAAACAUAUGCUGAUAUUCUUACCUGUGGAAUGAAAUAUGAACUUUUUUUUCAUUUUCCAAAUAUUUUGACAAUCGAAUAAAACAAUUCUUAGUUCUUGUUAACAAUUCCAACAAAACAGAAACUUCUCCCGUCACUGCUGCAACCAGGCAAUGUGAAUAAAAACUGUGAUAAAACGAACAAAUAACCAUAAUUAAUGACAACAUUGGUGUAUAUGAACAGAAUUCCAUACAAUGAAUCAAUAUAGCCACUCUAUACUACUGUUUUCGACACACACAUAUUAAACUAAUGGAAUAUAUCAAGAUGUAUGAACUGAAUAAGCUAGCCACUAGCUCCAGCGGAACGUCAGGAAGAAACUCCAAAAAAUCUAUGGCCUUCAAACCUGAAUGAAAAUAGUGACACUUAAAACCUCACCCGCGAAAGCCUUAACCAUUUUGUGGAGUACAUCAAUGCUCAACUUCGGAGAUACUCGUUAACCCAACACAUUUCAUCAUUUGAUUUGGAUGUGCAGUAAAUACCCCUAGGCACGUUCUAGGUGUAUGUGAUGUAUAAUUUCAUUUCUAUGGAAAUUAAUAUGUACUUUAUCUCAUUUUUCAUUUUUUUUUACUUCAUCAAGAUAGCAUAAUCCUAUUGGAAUCCCAGACAAAAAAUAUCUUAAUUGUUGUCAGUAGUGCCUCUGCUAUUUGAUCAACGUUUACCUCCUAACGAAAAUAUUUCAGAAAAUUUCCUUGAAAUUUUUAUUUUUCGGUAAAUAUUCUCCAACAUAAAAAUAAUGAACUCUGAUUAUAGCGAAAAGUGAAAUUUUUGCAUAUGUAAUUUAAUGAAGGGUUAUCCAUAAAUCAUAUAACUAGGUUUGUUCCUUUUUUAACAUUUGUCCUCUUUGUUAUUUAAUGAAUACUGGACGUCACACACAUCUUUUGAAAUUAAGUAUGAUUGUCGUAAUCAUUCAAGAAUUUCUAAUAUAUAUAUUCGUGGAUAUAUACUUUAUGGGAAGCCCUUUGAUUAAAAUUAUUUUGACUUGUGAUUUUUUCCAUUAAAUUAUUUUGACGAAAUUAAUUUUGCCUAUAUACCAGAACUGUGAAAAAUCUAUUAUCAAUGAUAUAUUUAUCAAUUAUCGUCAGGAAACGAGAUUAAACAUCACCUGAUGUGUCAGAUUCAAGUUCUGUUUUACCUUCAUGACAUAAAGAGUCUAUGACAUAUUUCUAAUUUGGGCAUUACUAACAAUGUUUCAAAUUUUCUAAAAACUAGAACUUUUUUUAAGGUGAAAAUAUUUAUCAUAUGUGUUCCAGACUUUUUCACUUUGUUCAUUCUUUUGUGACUAUGAUCUUUAGUUGAAAUGGUAGAAGAGUUAAAGGGUUGGACAGUGAAUAAAUAUAUUUUGAGACUAGAAGAUAUAAUGCUUGGGUUUGGUUAAAAACUCACCACGGUUGUAACAAUAUUCGUUUUAUGAACUGUUAGAGAACACAACACUUUGAAUAUGAGAAAUAAAGUUCUAGAUUAAAUUUAAAAUUAUUCAAUAAAAUCAAACUGGUUUUCAAAACAGAAUUGUACUGUAUUGGAAACUUUGUUAGUAUGUCUUGAUAAUAUAUUGGAAACAAGACUCAGUUGAAAAUAUGUAUAAAGAGUGAUAACUUGAUUUCCUGAUUGAAACAAUAUCUUGAUUUGAUUUUCGAAUUUUGAAAUAUCUGUUUGAAUUUGAGAAAUAAUAAAAAACAUUUUUAAAUAUAGAAGGCACCUUAAAUAGUUGCUUCUAUUACUUCAGAUAAACAUAUUCAAAAAUUGAAACUAGUUUUAUUUAGUAAUUCUUUGAUUAUAUUUUUUUGUUUAAAAAACAUAUUUUUGUAAUGUCAAAUAUAUUUAUAUUCGCUAUACAAUCUUUGACUUUUUGUUUGUCAUUGAUCCCAUUUCCACUAAUGCUAUACUUCCCACACAAUAGAAUUGGUGGCACCUCAUCAAUGAUGCUAUGCAGUGGCACCAAGCCACAGAUUCAAAUGCAUGGGAUGGCUUAUAUUGAAUUUUGAAUUUCAUUGGUAUGCUGUUGGCAACAGAUCCGAUGAUACCUUUAAUAUUUGGUUAUUGAUCAAUUCAAAUCUUAGGUUAUAUUUUCAAAUAUUCAAUAAUUUUUUGCCAAUCUGGUUACUCUAAAAUUCAAUUGCGCCCUUGAUGAUGUGCAUCAGAUUUCAUUUUGUAUAAACUAUGUUUUAUGUCACAUGUAAUGAGGAAAUAAAUAUACCACCAUA